AUGACGGUGAUGGUUGUCAGCAGCACCAACAUUUUAAGCUCUGCUCCUGAGGUUGGCAGCUGGGCUGAAGCCGUCGAGCAAGACAAUCUUCCGAAUAAUGACGUGAACGAGGAUGGGGUGAAAACUGUCGUUGCUUUUAUUGAAGAGGAUGGCUCUCGUUACAAGGUCGUUACGCAGUUUAAAGUGAUAACUAAAAAUGUGCCGCGCGUAGUCGCCGAGCGGAAAAAGCUCUCGAAAUUUGGCGCGUGCCGUGAUGAGCCACCGGGACCACAGAUUUCUACCACGUACGUAGCUGAAGAGGUAGAAAUGCAGUUUACAAGGAAUCGUGCUGGAGAACAGAUCCUAGAUGUUCAGGAAGACAAGCAAACAGCCAAGGUCACUAGCCGGGAACAUUGUCGUCAUUGCAAAGGAAAUGAUCACUGGAGUACUAACUGUCCCUAUAAGGAGAUGUAUCAAGUGGAAGAAGAAAUCGAUCCUGCUGAAUCAGCAGAAAAGGAACGUGUGGGUCCAGGUAUUGGUCGGUACGUCGCUCCUGGUAUGCGUGGAGAUGCUCGACAAGGAGACCGCCGGUCCGACGAAAAUACUUGCCGAGUUACAAACCUACCUCAGGAUAUGGAAGAGGCAGAGCUUAGAGAGCUGUUUGCUGCUAUCGGAAAAGUGUCGCGUGUGUUUAUCGCUCGAGACAAGUUGACGAAUCAACCGAAGGGAUUCGCCUUUGUCACUUACGAAAUGCGAGAGGAUGCUGAGAGGGCAAUUGCCAAACUGAACGGGAUUCGUAAGUACCAUAUGGUUCUCAAAGUUGAAUGGACCAGCAUGGGCCUUCUGACAAUACUGCGGAAGCAAAGGGAGAAGGAACGUGAGAUUCGUGUUUUGAUUCUUGGUCUGGACAAUGCUGGGAAAACUACUAUUACAAAGAAGUUUCUUGGAGAGGAUCUCACUUCCGUGGAGCCAACUCUAGGUUUCAACAUUAUGACCGUGGAGUUCAAAGGAUUUACCAUCAAUUUUUGGGAUGUUGGAGGCCAGAAAAGCUUGCGUUCCUACUGGCGCAAUUAUUUUGAACAAACAGAUGCACUGAUAUGGGUGGUGGAUUCCGGAGACGAAGGCUAG